AUGCUACCCGUAUUCGUGGAACUUGCCGAAGUUCCUUCAUUCGUUUCUUCGGCUGACGAGGGUGUCGAAGAUGUGCUGGUUGAUACUAAAGGAGCGGUUGACGUCCUAUGGGAGGGAGCAGCAGAGCUUCCUCCAGCAUUGGUCAAUUGUGAGAGUGUAGAGUUACUAACAGACCUGUUUGUUUCGGAAUCUGUCUUGGACGUCACAGUCGUGGCACCCGAAAGAGUUGUCGUGGUGCUCGUGCUAUUCACCCCAUUAUCAGGUGUGAUUGUCGUCACUGGCGAAGAACCGUUUUCACUUUGCGUUGUCGUAAUAGUCGUAGUGGUGACCUUGCCAGCACUUUCAUCCGUGGCUGAGUUGGCUAAACCGGUAGUGUUUGAAGUCGUGCUAUUACUAGCGUUCAACGCAGUCACCGUUGUGGUUGUAGUCGUGACUGUCGUGACUGCCCCUUUAUUUGAGCUAGUUUUUUUCGUGGCAGUCACCAACGAAGGCAUUAGCGAGGUAGUUCCUGUCUUGACGUUUUUUCUAGUCAAGACCCUAGAGGAGAUAGAGUGGCCCCGCAGCGACACCAUUAUAACAAACUGGUGCGAGUAA